AUGGCAUUGCAGCAGCAUCUUUCUGCCCUUCUUGCUUCAACAGAUGCAGAUGUGGUUGAGGCUUGUCUGCAGACUCUCGCUGCUUUCCUGAAGAAAACCAUUGGAAAGUACUCCAUUCGGGAUGCUUCCUUGAGUUCAAAGCUAUUUUCUCUGGCACAAGGCUGGGGUGGAAAGGAGGAGGGUCUAGGUCUGAUUGCAUGUACUGUUGACAAUGGGUGUGAUCCUGUAGCAUAUGAGUUAGGCUGUUCCCUCCAUUUUGAGUUCUAUGGAGCAAAUGAGUCACCACGUGAGUCUCAGCAGACAGAAGAAUCAAUAGGAGGGUUACAAAUCAUUCAUUUACCUAACAUCAACACUCUCCCAGAUACAGAUUUAGAACUUUUGAACAAGUUAGUUGCAGAAUAUAAAGUGCCUCACCGUUUGAGAUUUUCUCUAUUGACGCGGUUACGGUAUGCGAGGGCUUUUGGAUCUUUGGCUUCUCGACAGCAAUACUCAUGCAUUCGUCUAUAUGCCUUCAUAGUUCUCGUUCAAGCAAGUAGUGAUGCUGAAGAUCUAGUUUCUUUUUUCAACUCUGAACCGGAGUUUAUAAAUGAACUAGUUUCCUUGUUGAGCAAUGAAGAUGCAGUACCUGAGAAAAUUCGAAUUCUCUCUCUGCUAGCCUUAGUUGCCCUUUCUCAGGAUCGCUCCCGGCAGCCUAGUGUCCUGGCAGCUGUCACAUCUGGUGGUCACCGUGGCAUUCUAUCCAGCCUCAUGCAGAAAGCUAUUGAUUCUGUUAUGAAUCAAACAUCAAAAUGGUCUGUUGUUUUUGCUGAGGCUUUAUUGUCUCUGGUCACCGUGUUGGUCUCAUCAUCCUCUGGGUGCUCAGCCAUGCGUGAAGCAGGUUUCAUCCCUACUCUUCUACCUCUCCUCAAGGACACAGAUCCACAGCAUUUGCAUUUAGUUGGGACUGCCGUGCAUAUUUUAGAGGCUUUCAUGGAUUACAGUAAUCCAGCUGCUGCAUUGUUCAGAGAGUUGGGUGGUUUAGAUGAUACGAUUUCUCGGCUUAAGGCAGAAGUCUCGUAUAUAGAAAAUGGUCAGGGGCAACAUGGUGAAGAUUCUGAUUCCAGGGAAAGUAGUUUGCCAAUUGUUACAGGUUGCGCUUCAUCUGACCUGGAGAGUAUGCAGCCCCUAUACUCUGAGGCAUUGGUUUCUUAUCACCGGCGUGUGCUUAUGAAAGUACUAUUACGUGCUAUAUCACUGGGAACAUAUGCUCCAGGAAAUACUUCUCGUAUGUGUGGAUCUGAAGAGAGUUUGCUGCCACAGUGCUUGAGCAUCAUAUUUAGAAGAGCCAAGGAUUUUGGCGGUGGGGUGUUUUCACUUGCAGCAACAGUUAUGAGCGAUCUUAUUCAUAAGGAUCCUACCAGUUUCUCUAUCUUAGAUGCAGCUGGUCUUCCUUCUGCAUUUCUGGAUUCUAUAAUGGAUGAUGUUUUAUGCUCUGCUGAAGCCAUAAUUUGCAUACCCCAAUGCUUGGAUGCAUUGUGCCUGAACAACAAUGGCCUUCAGGCAGUAAAAGACCGCAAUGCUUUGAGGUGCUUUGUCAAGAUUUUUACAUCCAGAACUUAUGUGCGUGCCCUUGCGGGGGAUACUCCUGUGUCCUUGUCUAGUGGAUUAGAUGAACUAAUGCGUCAUUCUUCUUCUUUGCGUGGACCUGGAGUGGAUACGUUGAUUGAGAUUUUGAGUAACAUUGCACGAAUCGGUUCUGUGGUGGAUGGUUCUUCCUCAGCUGGCUCUUUGCUAGAUGCUUCUUCCUCAGCCUCUGAGGUUCCGAGCUCCUCUGUUGCUGUUCCCAUGGAAACUGAUUCUGAGGUGGCGAGUCCAGUUCUUCAUGAAGGCAAGGAAGCUACAAAUUCAGAGCAGCAGGCUGCUGAUCAGUCCACUGAUGCUUCGAUAGUGAAUAUAGAGUCAUUCCUACCUGAUUGUGUUGCGAAUGCAGCUCGUCUUCUUGAAACAAUUCUUCAAAAUGCUGAUACAUGUCGUAUUUUUGUAGAGAAGAAGGGGAUAGAUGCAGUCCUUAGUUUAUUUACCUUGCCUUUGCUGCCUGUUUCUUCAUCUAUUGGUCAGAGUAUCUCCAUUGCUUUCAAGAACUUUUCACCGCAACAUUCUGCAUCUUUGGCCAGGGCAGUAUGCUCAUUUUUGAGAGAACUUGUGAAGUCAACUAAUGAACUCUUAGAUUCAGUUAGAGGAACUGAGCUUGCUGUAGUUGACUCUGCGAAACAAACUAAGAUUUUGAAGCACUUCUCAAGCCUUGAGGGUAUAUUGUCUCUGUCAAAUUUCCUGUUGAAAGGUACUGCUAGUGUGGUCUCUGAACUGGGUACUGCAGAUGCUGAAGUCUUGAAGGAUCUUGGGAGGACAUACUGGGAAGUUAUUUGGCAAAUUUCUGCGUACAAUGAUGCGAAAGUGGAAGAGAAGAGAAUUGAAGAGCCUGAACUGGAGAGUGGAGAUGUGUCGUCGUCUAAUGCUGUUGGAAGAGAAGGCAAUGAUGAUGCCAAUAUCCCAGCUGUCAGAUAUAUGAACCCAGUUUCAAUCAGGAGCAGUUCUCAGUCCCUCUGGGGUGGAGAACGUGAAUUCCUAUCAGUUCUUCGCUCUGGUGAAGGCUUACAUCGUCGUAGUAGACAUGGUUUGACACGAAUACGGGGUGGAAGGAGUGGUCGCCACUUGGAUGCUUUAACUACGGACUCUGAGGUUUCGUCCAAUGUAACUGAGUUGACUUCUCAGGAUGUUAAGAAGAAGAGCCCUGAUGUUCUUGUUCCGGAGAUUCUGGACAAGCUGGCUUCCACACUGCGGUCUUUCUUUACAGCCCUUGUCAAGGGAUUCACUUCCCCAAACCGUCGUAGAUCUGAUGUGGGUUCGUUGAGUGCAGCUUCUAAGACUCUUGGUUCUUCAUUGGCCACAAUGUUUCUUGAGUCUCUCAAAUUUUCAGGUUAUUCUACUGCUGUAUCAGUGAAGUGUAGAUAUCUUGGAAAGAUUGUGGAUGACAUGGCAGCACUCACAUGUGACACCAGGCGACGUACCUGUUAUACUAUCAUGAUAAAUAACUUUUAUGUCCAUGGGACCUUUAAGGAGUUGCUCACUACAUUUGCGGCCACCAGCGAAUUGUUGUGGACAUCUCCAUACCCAUACUCAACUUCAGGUCCUGAUGAAGAGAGCGCAACUCAAGAUAGUAAAUUGUCCCACUGUGGCUGGCUGCUAGACACAUUGCAGAGCUAUUGUCGGGUACUGGAGUAUUUCGUCAACUCCACUUUGCUUUUAUCCUCAAGCUCUUCAUCCCAGGCUCAAUUACUUGUUCAACCAGGUGCAGUUGGCUUAUCUAUCGGGCUAUUUCCUGUUCCUCGGGAUCCUGAAGCUUUUGUUCGUAUGCUGCAAUCUCAGGUUCUUGAUGUAAUACUUCCUGUUUGGAACCACCCUAUGUUCCCGAACUGUGGCCCUGCGUUCUCUGCUUCCAUCAUUUCACUGAUAACACAUAUAUACUCGGGUGUUGGUGACAUCAAGAGGAGUCGCAGUGGAGUUGCUGGAAGCAAUAAUCAAAGGUUUAUACCUCCACCUCCUGAUGAAGCUACUAUAGCAACCAUUGUUGAGAUGGGAUUCUCAAGGGCUAGAGCGGAGGAAGCGUUGAGGCGAGUGGAAGCUAAUAGUGUUGAAAUGGCUAUGGAGUGGUUGUUUAGUCAUGCUGAUGAUCCUGUGCAGGAUGAUGAUGAACUGGCUCGUGCACUUGCUUUAUCACUUGGGAGUUCAUCAGAGGGAUCGAAAAAUGACAAUGUUGAUAAGUCUGCCGAUGUGCCGACAGAAGAAGGGUUAAUAAAGAUGCCUCCUGUCGAUGAUAUCCUUGCUGCAUCUGUUAAGUUAUUCCAGAGUAAUGAGGCAAUGGUAUUCUCAUUUACAGAUUUGUUAGUGACCCUCUGCAAUAGGAACAAAGGAGAAGACCGUCCCAAGGUGGCAUCUUGCCUUUGUGAGCAGUUGAAGCUGUGUCCUUUGGACUUUUCAAAAGAUUCCAGUGCAUUGCGUAUCAUAUCUCAUAUCUUAGCAUUGCUCCUUCAUGAGGAUGGAACCAUCAGAGAAAUCUCAGCACAGAAUGGUCUUGUAUCUACUAUCAUUGAUAUCUUGACAGAUUUCAAGUCUAAAAGUUUGGGAGGGUGUGAAAUUCUUGCCCCAAAAAGCAUCGGAGCAUUACUGCUUAUCUUGGAUUGCAUGCUGCAAUCAAAGCCUAGAAUUCCUCAUGGUACCAUUGAAGGUAAUCCGACAGGACCUACGCCAGACAGUCCACCGUCUGAUAAAAAAUUGGAUUCAGAUGUCUCUGAAAAAGAAUCUGGUACUGUUUUUGAGAGAGUGUUGGGAAAAUCUACUGGAUACCUAACCAUUGAAGAGAGUCAAAAGGUAUUACUAAUUGCUUGUGACCUGAUGAAGCAGCAUGUUCCAGCUGUCAUCAUGCAGGCUGUACUGCAGUUAUGUGCACGUUUGACAAAAACUCAUUCUCUGUCACUGCAAUUUCUUGAAAAUGGAGGGUUAGCUGCUAUUUUCAGUCUACCAAGAAGUUGUUUCUUUCCUGGAUAUGACACUGUUGCAUCUGCAAUCGUCCGUCAUCUUCUCGAAGAUCCUCAAACUUUACAAACCGCCAUGGAACUGGAAAUCAGACAAGCUUUGAAUGGUAGCCGCCAUGGUGGCCGAAUUUCACCAAGGUCAUUUUUGACAUCAAUGGCUCCUGUUAUUUCUAGAGAUCCCGUGGUUUUCAUGAAAGCCGCAGCUGCAGUUUGUCAGGUAGAGUCUUCUGGGGGACGGACCUUAGUGGUUUUGUCAAAGGAAAAAGACAGGGAAAAGGAGAAGUUGAAAGCAUCAGGUGCUGAAGAAUCUAUACGGAUAUCUGAAACUAAGAUUCAUGACAGCCCAGUUAAAUCUGUCAAAGGUCAGAAAAAGAUUCCUUCCAGUCUGACUCAAGUUAUUGAUCAGCUUCUUGACAUAGUAUUGAAGUACCCUUUACCUAAAAGCCGUGAUGAAGUUGGGAGUGAAUCAAUUUCAAUGGAAGUUGAUGAACCCACCAGCAAGGUGAAGGGAAAGGCCAAGGUUGACGAGACAAGGAAGGUGGAAUCAGAAACUGAAAGAUCUGCUGCAUUGGCGAAGGUGACAUUUGUCCUCAAGUUGUUGGGUGAUAUUCUUCUCAUGUACAUGCAUGCAGUUGGAGUCAUUCUGAGAAGGGACUCUGAAUUUUGUCAACUACGGUCAUCCAACCAAGCAGAUAACCCUGAUCAUGGCGGAAUAAUCCACCAUAUCUUGCAUCGGUUGCUUCCAGUGUCUACUGAUAAAUCUGCAGGACCCGAUGAGUGGAGAGACAAGUUGUCAGAAAAAGCUUCAUGGUUCCUGGUAGUUCUUUGUGGCCGAUCUAGUGAGGGACGACGGAGAGUGAUUAACGAACUUGUGAAAGCUAUAUCUUCCUUCUCAAACUUGGAAAGCAAUUCAAACAGAAGCAUUUUAUUGCCGGACAAAGUUAUUUUUGCAUUUGCAGAUUUGGUUUAUUCUGUUUUGUCAAAGAAUGCUUUCUCAAGCACCUUACCCGGGUCUGGAUGCUCUCCGGAUAUAGCAAAAAGCAUGAUAGAUGGUGGUAUUGUGCACUGUCUAACUGGCAUGCUUCAAGUGAUUGACCUUGAUCAUCCUGAUGCUCCCAAGGUUGUUAAUCUUUUACUUAAAUCUUUGGAAAGUCUAACAAGAGCUGCUAAUUCCAACUAUCAAAUUCUUAAAGCUGAGGACCUGAACAAGAAGAAAACUCUAAGUUCAAACGAAAGGCUCGAUGUGCAGACGACUAGGCCAGCUGCUGAGAUUGAAGGGUGUAAUCAGAAUACCAGCGACGCCCGGGAAGUUCAAGGUGAGGAAGGGGUCGAAGAACACAACAACCAAGGAACUUCAGAAAUAGAAGGUAAUGGUAAUAUACAUGCUGAUCAGUCUGGAGAGCAAGACAUGAGAAUCGAAGUGGAAGAGGCAACUAAUCCUUCUCUGGAGAUGGGGAUGGAUUUCAUGAAUGCAGAAAUGGAUGGAGAUGGAGUUUUGCGCAAUGGCGAUCAAAUAGAAAUGACUUUUCAUGUUGAGAACAGGGCAGAUGAUGAUAUGGGUGAUGAGGAUGAUGACAUGGCCGAUGAAGGUGAGGAUGACGAUGAUGAUGAUGCGGAGGACGAGGAUGAAGACAUUGCUGAAGAUGGUGGUGGAAUGAUGUCUCUGGCUGACACGGAUGUGGAAGACCAUGAUGAGACUGGCUUGGGUGAUGAUUACAAUGAUGAGAUGAUUGAUGAAGAGGAUGAUGAUUUUCAUGAGAACCGUGUCAUAGAGGUGAGGUGGAGGGAAGCCCUUGAUGGUUUAGAUCGUUUGCAGGUGCUUGGUCAACCUGGUGGUGGUGGAAGUGGUCUGAUUGAUGUUGCAGCUGAACCUUUUGAUGGAGUGAACGUAGAUGAUCUUUUUGGCCUCCGUAGGCCUUCAGGCUUCGAACGGCGGCGGCAGAGUGGUAGGUCUUCUUUUGAACGAUCAGUCUCUCAAGUCAAUGGAUUUCAACAUCCUUUGCUUUUGAGACCAUCCCAAUCUGGAGAUCUUGUGUCAAUUUGGUCAUCAGGGGGCCAUUUAUCCAGAGAUUUAGAAGCUCUCUCAGCUGGCAGUUUUGAUGUUACUCACUUUUAUAUGUUUGAUGCACCAGUACUUCCAUAUGAUCAUGUACCCAGCAAUCUCUUUGGUGAUCGGCUGGGCAGUGCAGCUCCUCCACCUUUGACUGAUUAUUCUGUUGGAAUAGACUCUUCACACCUACAAGGCCGAAGAGGGCCAGGUAAUGGACGUUGGACUGAUGAUGGUCAGCCACAAGCAGGUGCUCAAGCUGCUGUAAUUGCACAAGCAGUGGAGGAACAAUUCCUGUCCCAGUUGCACAGCAUUGCCCCAGCAGGUAGCUCUGCCGAAAGAGAGUCUCAGAGUCUUGAGAUGCAGGAGAAUCAGCCCCCUACAGAGCCUCGCUCUAAUGAUGGACAAAUAGUGAUGGAAGGUAACAAUCCCAGAAUUCAGCAAUCUGAAGUUCAUCAUCAAGAAACCUUAAAUGGAGUGACUGAUCAUCAGUCUAAUCAAGAAGCAGUUGAAAGCAUUCAUCCCCAAGAGCAAGUCACUCAGCAUACUUCUGUUGAAGAUGCAGGUGAGCUUCUACUGGUGCAGGAAGGUAUGGUGGAUCAAUCAUCUUCUCUGAGCAGUGCACCUAAUGGAGAUGAGCAAAUGGAGAUAGGGGAAGGUGAUAACAUUACAGGAAAUCAAGUAGGGGCAGUACCAGAGCUUGUGAACUCAUUAGCACAACAUUUUCCUUCUCUUCAACAUGAAGGAGGUCAAGACUCACCGUCUCAUCUCGAAACUCCUGCUCGUGUUCCGAGUGUGGAUUCUGAUGGUUUGUCUAGGGCAGAUGGCCAGUCUCAUGACCAGGUUCUUUCAGGUCCUAUUUCUGGGAGAUCAGAUGCGGAUAAUAAUUGUGAUGAUGUUGAUAUGAAUGGUGUUGAUGCUGGUGGAAGUCUAUCUGAGCAAUCUCCCCCUGUUGCGGGACAAGUAACAGAUGUUACUCCAGAUGCUAAUCAAACGGAUCAGAAUAGUGUAAAUGGCGAGGGUUCUGCUGCAAAUGCUAUUGACCCGACCUUCUUGGAGGCACUGCCAGAAGAUUUGCGGGCAGAAGUUCUUGCUUCUCAGCAAGCUCAAUCUGUGCAGCCUCCAGCUUAUGCACCACCUUCAGUUGAUGAUAUUGAUCCCGAGUUUUUGGCCGCUCUUCCUCCAGAUAUUCAGGCAGAAGUUCUUGCACAACAAAGAGCACAAAGGAUUGCACAACAAGCUGAAGGGCAGCCGGUGGACAUGGAUAACGCUUCAAUAAUUGCUACUUUUCCCGCCGAAUUACGUGAAGAGGUACUUUUGACCUCUUCAGAAGCAGUAUUAUCAGCACUGCCUUCUCCGUUGCUUGCUGAAGCCCAAAUGCUAAGAGACAGGGCAAUGAGUCACUAUCAGGCAAGGAGCCUGUUUGGUAGCAGCCACAGGCUUAGUGGUCGAAGAAAUGGCUUAGGGUUCGACAGGCAGACUGUGAUGGAUAGAGGUGUUGGAGUUUCAAUAGGUCGGAGAGCAACAUCUGCAGUUGCAGAUGGCAUGAGAGUGAAGGAAAUUGAGGGCGAGCCUUUGCUGGAUGCAAAUGCGCUGAGGGCUUUGAUCCGCCUCUUAAGAUUGGCACAGCCCCUGGGGAAAGGACUUCUACAGAGACUAUUGUUAAACCUUUGUGCACAUAGUUCUACAAGGGCAACUCUAGUUCGCCUUUUGGUUGACAUGAUUAAACCUGAAGCAUAUGGAUCACUCAGUGGAUUAGCAAUGCUGAACUCGCAGAGGCUUUAUGGCUGCCAUUCAAAUGUGGUUUAUGGCCGAUCACAGUUGUUGGAUGGUUUGCCUCCCUUGGUGUUGUGUCGCAUUCUUGAGAUUUUGACAUAUUUGGCAACAAACCACUCAUCGAUUGCCAAUAUGUUAUUUCACUUGGACCCUUCUGUCUUGCCGGAGGAGUAUCUUACAAAUGGUUUGCAAUAUAAGACGGACAAAGGUAAAAGGAAACUUGAGGAUGGCAGUGCGUUGUGCAAUCCUUGUGGAGAUACAAAUGAUGUUCCAUUGGUUCUGUUCUUAAAGCUAUUAGAUCGACCACUGUUUUUCCGCAGCGCUGCACACCUUGAGCAGGUUAUGGGCUUACUUCAAGUGGUGGUUUACACAGCAGUAUCAAAUAUAGAAUCCUGUAAGCUACCUAGUGGGGAAGUCAGUGGUGAUGCUCAGACAGAUCAUCAGGCGGAACCAGAAUCUACUCAGGGAGAUAAAGCGGUCCCUGCUGCUGAGUUAUCGAAUUCCAAAAGAAAUAAGAGCACUGAUACAGUCGGUGUUCUCAUGCGGUUGCCUAGAUCUGAUCUGCGGAAUAUGAGUAACCUUCUUGGUCGCGAGGGGCUGUCAGAUAAGGUGUACAUGCUUUCGGGAGAAGUACUGAAGAAGCUGGCGUCGGUUGCUUACCCUCUUCGCAAGUUCUUUACCUCAGAGCUUUCAGAUUUAGCACAUGGUCUGAGUAGUUCAGCUGUUAGUGAGCUUGUUACUCUGAGGAAGACUCACAUGCUAGGUCUUAGUUCUGGGUCUAUGGCUGGAGCAGCAAUAUUACGUGUCCUCCAGGUGCUUAGCUCACUCACCUCACCUAGUGCUCCAGCAGGUGAGAGUGUUGGUGGGGAGCAGGAGGAGCAUGCAUCUAUGUGGAACUUAAACAUUGCACUCGGGCCAUUAUGGCAUGAAUUGAGUGAAUGUAUCAGUGUGACAGAAAUGCACUUAGGCCAGGGCACAUUGAACCAGACUCUUUCUAGCAGUGCCACUUUUGGGGAUCAUGUACAGGGGAGUGUCUCUACAUCGUCUCCUCUUCCUCCUGGAACCCAGAGACUCCUGCCUUUCAUAGAAGCAUUCCUUGUUUUGUGUGAAAAGCUUCAAGCAGAAAUUAAUUCUUCUUCUGUGCAGCAAGAUCAUCAUGCUGAUGACACAACAGCAGGUGAAGUCAAAGAGUCAGGGGCAGGGGAUUCACAUAGAAAGCUCGAUGGUUCAGUUACAUUUGCUCGGUUUGCUGAGAAGCAUCGUAGACUUCUAAAUGCAUUUAUUAGACAGAAUCCUGGGUUACUGGAGAAGUCACUUUCUAUGAUGCUGAAGGCACCAAGAUUAAUAGAUUUUGACAACAAAAAGUCGUAUUUUCGGUCAAGGAUACGACAACAACAUGAGCAACACCUGUCUGGUCCACUGCGGAUCAGUGUCCGAAGGGCAUAUGUGUUGGAGGAUUCUUACAAUCAGCUGAGGAUGCGGCCAACUCAGGAUCUCAGGGGACGAUUGAAUGUGCAGUUCCAAGGGGAAGAGGGCAUUGAUGCCGGAGGUCUGACUAGAGAAUGGUAUCAAAUAUUAUCGAGAGUUAUUUUUGAUAAGGGGGCAUUGCUUUUCACCACUGUGGGAAACAAUGUCACAUUCCAGCCAAAUCCAAAUUCUGUGUAUCAAACUGAGCAUCUUUCCUAUUUCAGAUUCGUUGGCCGUGUGGUUGCAAAAGCAUUGUUUGAUGGCCAGCUCUUGGAUGUAUAUUUCACCCGGUCUUUCUAUAAGCACAUUCUAGGUGUAAAGGUGACUUACCAUGAUAUAGAGGCUGUGGAUCCUGAUUAUUACAAGAAUCUAAAGUGGAUGCUAGAGAAUGAUGUAAGUGAUAUACCGGACCUGACAUUCAGCAUGGAUCCUGAUGAGGAGAAACACAUCCUUUAUGAGAAAAACGAGGUUACUGAUUACGAGCUUAAACCUGGAGGGAGGAAUAUAAGAGUAACCGAAGAGACGAAGCAUGAGUACGUGGACCUUGUUGCGGAUCAUAUAUUGACAAAUGCCAUCCGGCCUCAGAUAAACUCCUUCCUGGAUGGUUUCAAUGAACUCAUUCCUCGGGAAUUGAUCUCAAUUUUUAAUGACAAGGAGCUUGAGCUACUGAUCAGUGGACUUCCUGAAAUUGAAUUGGAAGAUCUGAAAGUUAAUACAGAGUAUACUGGAUAUAGUGGUGGUUCCAGUGUUGUUCAGUGGUUCUGGGAAGUAGUUCAAGCUUUCAGCAAAGAAGACAUGGCUAGACUGCUACAAUUCGUCACGGGAACAUCAAAGGUUCCACUGGAAGGUUUCAAGGCGUUGCAGGGCAUCUCUGGUCCUCAAAGGUUCCAGAUACACAAAGCAUAUGGAGCUCCUGAACGCUUGCCUUCGGCUCACACAUGUUUCAAUCAACUAGAUCUUCCGGAGUAUACAUCAAAAGAACAGCUUCGAGAGCGGUUGCUGCUCGCCAUUCACGAGGCCAAUGAAGGUUUUGGCUUUGUCGCAAGUAGUAGGAAACUAGGAAACUCCUCCAGAGUCCAGUCGCACCACAAAAUCGCUCACCGGGCCGCCCGCCCGCCAGCUGUCGCCGCCGUCUCCUCCAUCAGAGGCCCCUGCACUCAGCCGCCUUCCUCCACCCUAGCCGCCUUCACCUUCGUCCAAAAUCUCAAUCUCCAUUUGCUUCACUCUGCUGCCACUCCUCCGCCUUCUCAGCCGCAAUUACAGUUCUUCGAGCCCUGGUGUGGACAUGGAGAAGAGCGUUUACCAGUUGCUGACAAUAGACCGUUGGCAGUCCCUGAAUCACAUGGAAUACAAACUAGCUUCACUCAGGCCAGUUCAUGGGAGGUCUACUUGAAGGAAGGGAAUGUUGACGGUGCUUUGGAGACUUUUUACUUGAUGGGUUAUCGAGGCUUUGACCCUUCUGUUCGUACCUGUAAUAUGGUGCUUAGUUCCAUGGCGAAAGACUGUAGAGUUGAGUCAGUGUGGUUGUUUUUUGAACGGAUGCUUGCAAGGAAGAUUUGUCCUGAUGUUUCCACGUUUAAUAUAUUGCUUCAUUUGUUGGGGGAACAAGGAAAGCUUAAGAAAGCUAGGCACCUUUUGAGGAAAAUGGAAGAGAGUGGUUAUGUUCCAAAUGUAGUUACUUAUAACACUAUGCUCAACUGGUGUUGCAAGAAAGGGAGGUACAAAGUUGCUAUUGAAUUGAUAGAUCAAAUGGCAUCGAAAGGUAUUGCAGCGGACGUGUUCACAUAUAACAUGCUUAUCGAUGAUUUGUGUAGAAACAAUAAGAGUUCCAAAGGUUACUUACUGUUGAGAAACAUGAGGAGUAGGAAGAUUUCUCCCAGUGAAGUUACUUAUAACACUCUGAUUAACGGGUUUGUGAAAGAAGGGAAGAUUGGUAUCGCCAAUCGAAUUUUCGAUGAGAUGGCAAUGCUUAGUCUUUCUCCAAAUGCUCGUUCGUACAAUUGUUUGAUUGAGGGCCACUGUGACCAGGGUGAUUUUGAAGAAGCUUUCAAACUUCUGAAAUUGAUGGAAGCAGCAGGGUUGAGACCAAAUGAAGUUAGCUAUGGGAUUCUCUUAAAGGGUUUGUGCAUAAAUAACAAAUUGCACUUGGCCAGAAACCUUCUUGAGAACAUGAGGAUGAAGAAUACAGCUGGUUGUAUAGCAUACACAACAUUGAUCCAUGGGUUAUGCCAAAAUGGGUUGCUUGAUGAAGCUGUGCAGUUGCUUAAUAAUAUGGCCUCGGACGGUGCAAGUCCUGAUGUCAUUACAUUUUCUGCACUCAUAAAUGGAUUCUGCAGAGUUGGGAAGGUAAAAGCUGCCAAGGAAGUAGUAUGUCAAAUGUACAAAGCUGGACUCCAACCAAACAGUAUAAUAUAUGGUACUUUAAUCUACAAUCACUGCAGGGCAGGAAAUAUUACUGAAGCAUUUAAGUUAUAUGCAGCAAUGAAUUAUGAUGGCCAUGAUGCCAGCUCUUUCAUCUGUAAUACAUUAGUAUCUUCUCUUUCCAAAGGUGGAAUGAUACAAGAAGCAAAGGAGUUUAUGCAUCACAUGUCAAGAAUUGAUGUUGUUCCAAAUUCCAUUACUUUUGACUCUAUUAUCAACGGGUUUGCUAGAUUAAGUGAUCCUUUGGCAGCCUUCUUGGUAUUUGAUGAAAUGAUUCAUUCUGGUCACCAGCCCUCUUGUGUUACAUAUAGUAGCCUGCUUAAGGGACUGUGCAAGGCUGGAAACUUAGGAGAGGCCAGGAAAUUAUUGGAGAAACUGUAUCACAUCCCAUUUGCUGUCGAUACUAUCACUUGUAACACUAUACUUGCUGAGACCUGCAGAGUAGGAGACAUGUCAGGUGCAUUGACCCUCUUAAAUGAAAUGCUGCAGCACAAUGUUCUACCUGAUGAGUAUGCGUUCACCACGAUUCUUACUGGGUUGAGUAGGAAAGGUAAAAUGGUUGCUGCUCUUGUUUUCUAUGGGAAGAUGUUAGAAAAGGGAUUCAUGUCAUCUACUCAAGUCAUCUAUACCUGUCUGAUCGAUGGACUGUUCAAGGUUGGUCAAUCAAAGGCAGCUUUGUAUUUGUGUGAGGAGAUGGAAAUGAAAGUCCGAAACAUUGAUAUCGUUGCAAUAAAUGCAGUUAUAAAUGGAUGCUCAAGGAUGGGUAAAACAGCACAAGUGGAUGAUCUCUUUACUGGAAUGGCAAAGGCUUUUGAUCUGUUGGAUGCAAUGCAUUUGGCUGGAUUUUCUCCUGAUGUCAACACCGUUAAUGCCAUUAUUUCUGGGCUGACCAGAACUCAUGCUCUUCAGGAAUCUCGUCUACUUUUGCAUGAUGUAUUAGAGAAUGGUAUCAUUCCAAAAUGCAGACAAUAUAGUACCCUAAUCAACCAAAUGUGCAGAAUGGGGAAUAUUCAGGGAGCGUUCAGGGUGAAAGAUGAAAUGGAAGAAUUUGGGGUUAGUUCCCUGGAUGUUGCUGAGAGUGCUAUGGUAAGAGGGCUGGCAAAGUCUGGGAAGGUUGAAGAAGCAGUACUGCUUCUUGAUUACAUGCUUCGGAGGCGACUUGUUCCAACAAUGGCCACUUUCACAACCCUGAUGCACGAGCUCUUCAAGAAAGGCAAUGUUGCAGAGGCCAUCAAACUGAGGAGCAAAAUGGAGCACUCUGGUGUGAGACUUGAUGUGGUAGUUUAUAAUGUUUUGGUGUCAGGCCUUUGUGGGGAUGGCGACGUUGCAGGUGCAUUUAAGCUAUUUGAAGAGAUGAAACAAAGGAAGCUGUUGCCUAAUAUGACCACCUAUGACAUUCUCAUUAAGGCCAUGAUGACCAGUGAAGAGAUUGAUCCUAUCAGCUCCGCCGCUGAGGGCGGCGCCUCCGCCACCACCAUCGCCCCCGCUGGCGCGCCACCCGCCGCCGCUACGGUGUUCGCCCCCGCGCCUCCAUCCGCCGUCGAGCCUCCCAGCCCGCUCCGGCUGUCGCUCCCAUCGCCGCCGCCGCCACCCUUCGGCCCAGUGGCUUGCGCGGCGGCCAGCGCCUCCACGACCCUCUGCACCUCAUCAAACCGCUUCCAAACUCGCCGGGACUCCUCCUCCUGUUCCCGCCGCUGUUCGCCUUGCUCCUGCCGGAGAGCCCGCCAUUCCUUGCGCUCCUUCUCGAACUCGGCUACCAGGCGAUCCAAGGUUUAUUCAGAUGACUCCAAGUCCUUGAUUGAUGAAGAUGAGGAUUGAGGAAGAAUGGUCUAAAAUUUCACAAAUGCAUACAAGGAUAGCUUCAUUUAGAAAUAAAUCCAUAGACAAGUGGCAGAGGAAGACAGAAGUUACAACUGGGAAUAUCAGUGAUCAAGUUUCUGCAUAUACGAGGGAUCCAAGCAGAAUGAUUUAAAAAAAUGCAGUUGAGCUGGUCACUAGUAAAGUCUUCUGGCCUGCUCCAGGGCAGAUGAGCAGUACUCACGACGAAGCAAUUAUUAUCAUUUUAUUCAGCAUGAUUGUUAACAGAAUGAAAAGAGGUGUUCAUUCAUCAUUUAUACUGUCGAGUUAACUUAAUCAAUGUUUUUAGGAGACACAUCGUGAUGGUGAGCAAGAUCCAGAGGCAAGCAGUACCAAUGCACGAAUAACAAGAUACAUUUCCGGUUUCGUAGGUACAAUGUGCACGAAAAGAUCAUCGAUUUCAUGGCUAAACAGCCGCGGAGGAUAUCCCAGAUAUGGCCCCUAAACUGUUUGCGAAUUUGCUUGGUCUCAAGACCCAGAACCGUUGAAUUGUAGCAGGUUCAAAGUCCGACGCUACAACGCCACAGCUGCUCUAACCAAACCUGUGUUUGGCUUCUAUGGCAUGUUAGAUUGUUAGUGACAAAACCCUCCAUCUGGGGAGAGAAAAAUCUAUCACAAGAACGGAUCUCUUUGGUGGUGGUACUCUUGUGCUCAUUUCUUCCCUCUGUCUGUCGAGGACUGGAAGCACUAAGAAAAUGAACGAAAGAUGUAAUAAGGCGACAUAUCAGAGUAUUAAAAAACCAUGGUUAGCUAAGUUAAUGCAGUGGCAGAUCCCUGCCUGCCAUCCUUGUUCAUCUUUGCUGGAUUCUGUCUCUCCCCUGACAGCAACAAACAAUGCCAUCUCACCCAAUAAAAUACAACCACUACACGCCAUGUUCGAAUUGAAGGAUGACACCCAUCAACAGAUUCUCUGUCUUGCUCCUGGUUUUGGUUCCCCUAGUUACUAAUGGCUUUGUGUUUCAGCAAAUUGUGUGCUUGCAUUCAUUUUAUUGGAUUGGAGAUGGGGGGGAAACCCUUAGAAUUGCAGAAAUCAGGGUGACA